GAUUUAGUGCUUCCCACAGGUGAUGUUCCUCGAGUUGAUGGUCAGCUUGCAGUAGCCAGGGCAUUUGGUGACAAGAGCUUGAAGAGACAUCUUAGUUCGGAACCAGAUGUUGCAAUUGAGAUGGUAGAUGAUGAACUAGAGCUUAUCAUUUUAGCUAGUGAUGGAUUAUGGAAGGUGAUGUCGAAUCAAGAAGCUGUUGAAUCCAUCAGAAACACUAAGAGUGCUCAAUCGGCUGCAAAGCACUUGGUUGAGGAGGCUGUUUCUAGGAAAAGUAAGGAUGAUAUCUCUUGCAUUGUUGUCAGGUUUCAGUAAUCUGUUGUACAUUUUCUUUCAGUCGAGAUUAUGCUUUAUGAAACAAUGUUCAACGGAUUGAAAUAUGUGAUCAGCUGAAUUGUGCUGUUGUGUGUAUUGGCCAUAAGUUAUUUCUCUUGUUUGAGGACAGGAUUUGCAUCCUAGAUUACAAUUGUAUAUAUAUGAAGUUAUUGACAAUACAUUAUUUAGCCUGUCUGCUUUGUUUUUCCAAUGUCUAGUGAGGUUUGGUAA